UAUGCCCACCCCACAACCCGCCCCGGCCGCUGCCCAGCGCCAGCCAAGCGAGCACCACAGACGGUUUGGGGCUGCGCAGGGGGUCUCGGGGUCUGGGCCGCACGUAGGGUCUCGCCUGUAUCGUCGGCUGGGCAGGAUUCCAGCAGAUGCCAGACCUGAAAAGUGGGUCCUUAGGAACCUCCAAACCCAACCUUCGCCUGGGGAGGCCUUUAGGACCGAGGGGAGCCGUCUCCUCCGGAGCCGGGCGGCAAAUCCCUGUCCUCCCGUCCCCCGCGGCCGCCCUCCCCCAGCUCCGCGCCCCCGCGUCCCGACGCCCGCCCCGCCACCCGCCGGACUCUGUCGCCCGCCGCCCGGGCGCCCUGGGGCAAAGUUGGCGGCCGCCUUCGCGAGGAGCCGCUCGCUCCCCCGCCGCCGCCUCGCUGCCACCCCCCCUCGGAGCCCGUGGCCGCCGCCUCCGGCACGCGUGUCGCCGGGCUCCGCGAGCCGAGCUGCGCGUCCCGGGCGCCCCUCGCCAGCGCGCCCGCCGGGCCUGCCGCGCGCCUCCUUCCCGGGGCCCGAGGCCGGGCUCCGCCCCGUCGCCGCGCCCGAGAGCGGCCCCAGCCGGGCGCUCCGGUCUGCGCGGGGCAGCGGCGCGCGGGCUGCGAGCGCGGGGCGGGGGGGUCGCAGAGGCGGCGCCGCACCGCCCCGUUCCGGGGACUCGCGGGCGGCCGGCCCCGCGCACCAGCGGGUCACCUUGUCGGGAGGAGACAUGGGCCCCGGGGGGCCGGCGUGACCCCGGCGCCGCCCGCACGAGGCCCCACAGCAUGGACGGCGCCCUGGAGCCACGGAGCGCCGUGGCGCGCGGGCAGAGGAACGGGCUCAUCAACACCCGAAGCGUGUCGGCCGACGGCAGAGAUGGGCCGGUGCCCGUGCGCCCGGCGCCGCAGCACCCCAGCUGCCGCAGGACGGACACCGCCCCAGGCGCCCCGGACACCCCACGCAGCCCCCCGCGCGGCCCGGCGCGCCAGCCGCUGGACCCCGGGGCCCUCCCGCGGGCCGCCGAGCCGCACUUCCGUGCCAACAUCCUCUUCUUCUCGGAGGCCAUGCUGCGCCCCUGGGCUGACGGCGCGGCCGACUGCUGCGAGACCACCUUCAUCGAGGGCCGGUCACCCGCCAAGGACGGCCUCGAGCGCCCCGACGGCAGGUUCCUGGACCUCUCGGCUGACGACAUCAAAAUCCACACGCUCUCCUACGAUGUGGACGAUGAGGAGGAGUUCCAGGAGCUGGAGAGCGACUGCUCCAGCGACACAGAGAGCGAGGACGGCUUCCUCGUGAUGCCGCCGCGGGACCACCUGGGCCUCAGUGUCUUCUCCAUGCUCUGCUGCUUCUGGCCUCUGGGCAUCGCGGCCUUCUACUUGUCCCACGAGACGAACAAAGCUGUGGCCAAGGGAGACUUCCACCAGGCCAGCACCAGCUCCCGGCGGGCCCUCUUCCUGGCCGUGCUGUCCAUCACGAUCGGAACCGGCAUCUACGUGGGUGUGGCCGUGGCCCUCAUCGCCUACCUCUCCAAGAACAACCACCUGUGAGCUUCCUGGGCCCGUCGCGUGCAGGUGCAGAGAACGGCAGGGCUGGCGGGGGCAGAUGAACAGGUGCACACGCCUGUGUGUGCUAUACAGUAUGAAUUAUUGCCAAACAACUCCAGAAAGCCCUGGGAUUUUCUACCCAUCUCUUCUUUUGUUUUUACCUUUUAAUUUCAUGUUCACAGCACUGUGUAAGCAUGAGACAGAAGGGCACUGCUAAUGCCUCCAGAGGGGAGCCCCAGAGAUCAUGACCAACAGGCUGCCCCUGGAUGAAUUCUGGAGGGUCCAUGACAGGGUGGCCCUCUCUGCAGCCUGCCGGUCCCUGGAAUGCCAUAGCAUAGCAAUACACAGACAGUAAAAACGUGUUUAUUUUCUAUGGAAUACGGUGCAAUAGGCAGAGGACAGGGGACAGGACACUCUUCUGUCUGUGGCCCUGCUUGGCCCCCCUGGCAUUCCCCCAGGCCACAUGCCCUCCCUGCAGGAAGAACAGGGCCAGCAGGGAGAGAGACCACACCACUCCCAGCAGGACCCCCAGCUGCCAGUGGCCCUCAGACGGGUCCAGCCCUGAGAAUGCAAAGCCCGCACAUGUGGCGUCUGUCCCCAGGCCCAGUGAUCAUUCCCUGCACAUGGCCCCAGCCUCAGAACACCAGGCCUCCAGAACGUGUCCAAACCCAGCAGCCACCGCGCACCAACAUGCAGUCUCCGGUCUUGGUGACCCGGGCGGAGGGGCGGGGCCGCACAGCCCCUCCUGAGGCCCCUCCCAGAAGGACCCCAGGGUUUGCUCCUGGGACCCCAGGCAGGAGCCAAGACACCACCUCAGCACGAAGACGCCUGUGUUGACACCUGCCUUGGUGAAAAGCAAUGACACUAGCGAUCUUAACAAGGAAAUGAACCUUCUGUUGACUAAAUGAAUAGCUAUUUUCUUGUCUUUUUUUAAAGUGCAACUAUGGCUUCAUGCUGCUUGAGUUAUCAGACGAAUGCUGAGAAAUAAGUAAUCACAGACAUUUUAAUACCAUUUCAUUGCUGUUUUAUGAGUGUUCAUUACUUAACAAAAAUUAUCUUUUAACGCUUUUGCUUAAGACGUUUUUUUCUGAUUAGUAUCAAUUCUUGGGUUUCAUUUAUAUUUUUUCACUUGUUUAAAUAACUGCAGAGCCACCCAGGACGCAGCUGCUGGAACAGCAGCAGGGGUCCCCUCAGAGGACAGUCACACGUUCCCGGUUACUACAUUUCCACCUUGAAUGCCAUUAAUAAAUAGUGUCAGCCUAACCCCUUCAUGGAGGCAGAGGCCAUCUCCCUAGGACAGGCAUUCCAUGCACAGCACUUACGACACUUCCUGCCGCCUGGGUCCUGCCCCAGAAACCCUGACUGGAUUCACCGGCGACAGAGCCUGGUGAUUCCGAUGUGCUGCCAAAGUUAGAACCUCCG